UUUUUUUUUUUUUAGAAAACGACAUUGACUUAUUGAGAUGCCACCAUUUAUAGAAAACACUCCUCGAUUUCCACAACUCCCAAAUAUUGAAUUACCUCCUUUUCUUUCGUUCUUGAAACUCGCUUCAUUCCCUUUGAAAACUUAUCCACCUGUCAGUCAACCCAAACGUAGUCAAAAAGAUACUUUAUACAUUUAUGGUCCUGGUUUACGUGCCUCUCCCUCCAUUAGUUUUGAUGUUGACUGUAUUCAAACUCAAAUCUAUUUUCGAUUCUGCAACUUGGACGUGGAUAUCAAGUUUACUAAUGAUCCUGAAGCUUCCCCUUCUGGUAAAUUACCCUAUUUUUCAACUGUGACUGGAAAGCUUUUGACUGGUACGCAAAUAGAUCAAUGGCUCAAAGACAAUGAAAAGGAUAUCUCACUAGGAACUCAUCAAGAUGAAGCUAUUGCAUUUAUAUCUAUGGUGAAAUCAAAAUUACAUCCUGCUUUGUUAUUCUCGAUGUGGCUGGAACCACUUAAUUAUAAUGAAAACACAUUCCGUAUGUAUUACGGUCAUAUUCCAGCACCAAUCAAUUCAAUCAUGGGAUAUAGGAAAAAAGAAGAAAUUGUGAAUCAAUUAUUGGCAAAUCGUGAUAUUUUAUCCCGAGAAGAGGUAUAUGCAGAUGCAGCCCAAACAUUAGAAGCAUUAUCGAUCAAACUUGGUGAUUAUACAUACUUUUUUGACCAAUCUGGACCCACCUGGAUGGAUGCAGUGGUUUUUUCUUAUCUUCAUGUGAUCCUUGGUGUUCCUCCCGUCAGCAAAUCUAAUACUUCUACCGAAGAACGAAAUCAAGCUGCCACAUUACGAAAAUUGGUCCAGAAACAUCAAAACCUUGUACGAUAUGCCAAACAUAUCAAUGAACAUUAUCUCAAAUAAUAAUAGUUACAUAUAGUGAUGAUUUAAAAUAGAAUGAAAUUCAAAUAAAAACAAAAAC